AUGUCCAGCAUCGGCGCAGAUCCGCUUCCAACAACCGACUCGACCAUCACGAUUCAACGACCUUCGGCACAUACACAACGAUACGACCGGCAGCUACGAUUGUGGGCAUCGUCGGGCCAGUCUUCGCUCGAAAAGUCACGCAUUCUCGUUAUUGGAGCGUCGGCGCUAUCAGCUCAGGUUCUCAAGAACUUGGUCCUCCCCGGUAUCGGCUCGUUUGUGCUGCUUGAUGAUUCUAUCGUCGAUGGUGCCGAUCUAGGUGUCAACUUCUUCUUGCAGCCUGGCGAGAGCGAGGGAAAGUAUGCGGCCGAGGAGAUGUGCCGCCUUCUCACAGAGAUGAAUACCAGUGUCGCUUCAGAGGCCAAGCUCGAAAACCCUGCAUCGCUGUUGCAAUCUGAUCCAAGCUUUUAUGCGGGCUUCACCUUGGUGAUCUCUGUUAAUCAAUCGAGGUCAUUCGACUUGGCUCUCUCGGAUGCACUAUGGGCGCUGCAAUCUCCAUCACCACAGGUGCCUCUGCUCAGGGUACGUAGCGCUGGAAUGCUGGCCGAGAUGCAGAUCAGCCUCAAGGAGCUCGGAAUCAUCGAAACGCAUCCGGACAGCGUGGUUGACUUGAGAAUCACAAGACCGUUCCCAGAGCUGCUUGAUGCCGCUCAGCACUUCGAUCUCAAUACAAACGAUACGAUGGAGCACAGUCAUAUUCCAUUCCCCAUCAUUCUUAUCAAGAAGCUCGCCGAAUGGCAAGCUGCACACGAUGGCCAGCUUCCCACAACCAAAGAUCGUGAUGCUUUUGUUAAGCAGGUCAAUGCAUCUCGAGUGGCGAGCAACCCAGAUGCGGAAAAUUUUGACGAGGCUAUCUCAGCGUUGGGAAAGCAUCUCUGGCGACCUAUCGCUUCCAAUGGCGUUGGCGGUGGCGGUGUACCUGACGAGGUCGAAGCUAUGUUCCAGGAUGCUGCCUGCGACAACCUCACACCAGCGUCGACCAAUUUUUGGAUCCUGGUUCGUGCCCUGCGCGAGUUUGUGGCGGCAUCACCGUCACGGUGUCUCCCCCUAUCUGGAUCCGUCCCGGACAUGAAAGCCACGUCCUCCGGCUACAUCAAGCUACAGAAUAUCUACAGAACCAAGUCGCUGCAGGAUCUGGCGCAGUUCAAGAAGCUGGUUCUAGACAUUUGCAUGGCGGCAGGCGUCGAGGGUAAAAUUGCCGAUGACGAGAUCGAGGCGUUUGUCAAGCAUGCUGGCUAUCUGAAGCUGAUCCGAGGACGUAGCGAGAGACAACGAUGUCAAGAGCCGAAUCAAGAGACAGCGAUGCUUGCCUUUAUGGAUCCUGUCAAUCCGUGCACGUUUCAACAUCACAUUGCUCUUGCAGCAGCAGAUCAAUUUCUCGAGCAAAACGGUAGAUACCCGGGUGUUCGGCAACAAGCUUUUCCUGCCUUGCUCGUAGGCGCAAACGGCACGGAAAAAGACGCUUCUGGCGAUGUGCAGCCACGAGCGGCGAAACGGCAAAAGUCAGAAACACCUACAGGCGAGCUCGAUUCUAGUAUAACCGACGUCAAGAUGCGCGACAUCACAGCAGAUCAAGAGACCUCCAAGGAUCAAGACGAGCUGCUGACGAUCGCCAAGAAGCUAGCUACGAAACAGUUCAACAUUGCUGACGAUGGCGACGAGUGGGAGAAGAUUGAAAAUAGUGUUGGUGAGCUGGUAAGAUCAGCUCAUGCUAGUCUGCCCGCUACAACGGCCUUGAUGGGAGGUGUGGUGGCACAAGAAGCGAUCAAGUUGAUCACCAAGCAGUACGUUCCAGCGGACAACACGGUCAUUUACGACGGAAUACAGCAGGCUAUUGGCGUGUUCCGGCUUUAG